AUGAAAAGCUUGGAUCUGUUACUGCUGGCAUGUUGCUUAUGCAGCCUGGGCACACUGGGAGUUGCAUCUGACAUGGAGAAGGCUCUGAUGGUGAAGCUCUUUACCAACUACAACCUUAAGGUGCGGCCAGCAUUGAGGCCUGAAGAGCGGGUGGUGGUUCGUGUGGGUAUGAUCCUUUCCUCCUUCGUUGGACUGAACAUGAAAAAUGAAGAAAUGAGCACAAUUGUUGUCAUGAAUCUGGAAUGGACAGAUCAUCGGUUGUCAUGGAACCCCAAGGAGCAUGAUGGGAUUGAGGUGAUGCGCAUCCCCUCCGGGAAGGUUUGGCUGCCUGACAUUGUCCUCAUCAAUAAUAAUGAUGGGGUGUUUGAUGUGGCCCUUCCUGUCCAUGUCCAGGCUUAUAGUACUGGCAGAGUGACCUGGACUCCCCCUGCACUUUACUGCAGCUCUUGUGGAGUUAAGGUAACAUAUUUCCCAUUUGACUGGCAAAACUGCACCAUGCAGUUCCGCUCCUACACAUACGACUCGACAGAGAUCGAGAUACAAUAUGCACUGGACUCAAAAGGCAAAGAGAUCAGGGAGAUCCAACUGGACGAAGGUUACAGUGAGGGUGGCGAGUGGCACAUCACACACAGGCCGAGCAGGAAGAACAUGAACGACGAUCUAUACGAGGACAUGACCUUUUACCUCAUCAUCGAGAGGAAGCCUCUGUACUACAUCCUGAACAUCAUCCUCCCCUGCAUCCUCAUCACUAUCAUCGCCAUCUUUAACUUCUACCUGCCUCCUGAUGCAGGAGAGAAGAUGGGUCUGUCCAUCAACGUGUUGCUCACCCUCACUGUCUUCCUGCUGCUGCUGGCUGAUAAGAUCCCAGAGACAUCAUUGGGUGUCCCCAUCAUUGUCAACUACAUCAUGUUCACCAUGAUCCUGGUCACGUUUUCCGUCAUCCUCAGUGUGGUCGUCCUCAACCUGCACCACCGCUCACCCAACACCCACCUGAUGCCCAUGUGGGUCCGCAAGAUUUUCAUCCACAUGCUGCCUCCUUAUCUGGGCAUGCUGCGGCCAAAAGUGGAGACCCCUCUCUCCCUGGAGACCAUGCCCCGCCGAGAGAAAAAGGUGGUCGCCAUCAGCAAAGUGGCCGAUGAAUACUUCAUCCGCAAGCCUGACUCCUCCAUCCUGUUCCCCAAGCCUAAUAGGUUCCAGCCGGAAGGUAUGUGUACAGAUCUGAGAAAGUUCAUUGAUGGCCCCAGUAGCUACCUCACGCUACCUGACGAGCUCAAAUCAGCCAUAGAGGCCAUCACAUAUAUCGCUGAGGCUCUGCAGGCUGAGAAGGACUAUGAAGCUCUAAAGGAGGACUGGCAGUAUGUGGCCAUGGUGGUGGACCGCAUGUUCCUCUGGAUAUUUGUCAUCUUCACCACCGUGGGCACCUUGGCCAUCUUCGCCGAUGCCAGCUUCAACCACACACCCGCUGACCCCUUCAAGGCCCCCUGAAACAGCGGGACAUUUGGUCUUCUUAAGCUAUACCCAUCCUAAUUUACCACCUCAACAAAUAGGGAAGAAGAAAUCACUGCGUUAAGCUGCAUGUGGAAACUGUUAUAUGUAAUCCAGGCAAGAAACUUGCCCACUGCACCUCACGUUUUCAGCUGCCAUCUGUUAUCAAACACUGCCAAUUUACUUUACUUUCAUGCAUGACUAGCACCCCAAAUGACCUCAAAAUUUCCCUUUAUUGUGGACAGUGUCAAUAUUGAAAAACAUCUUAACAGUAUCCAUAUCGUGACAAACAAUAAUUUCUUAUACAGCAUUCUUAUUCAUGGCCAUAUGGAAGGCAAAGACUGUUAUUUCAGCACAUAAGUCUUUGACCCAGUAAAGCACGAGUCCUGUACGACCAGUUCUUGACCCUCGGCUGCACCACUGCUUCCUAACCAAAGUUGACAAAAUUUUGACAAUCCACGUCAAUUUUUGGACAUAAUGCAUGAACAGAGGGGCAUGCAUCUUUAUUCUUCCUACCCUGAGAGGAUGGCAUGUUGUUUGACCAGCUGAGGUUUGUCAGAUUGUGAGGUUUUUUUUUCCUGCAUUCAACCUCAAUUUGCAAGUGAAUGAACAUCUUGAGAUUCCUUGGCUGAAUGAGCACAAGUGCUCAAGAACUUCUCGGCCUCAGUAUUGUUGCCUUAAUCACAUGGAAAUGUCAUGGACAGAUCUCUUGACAUAGAUCAUUUAAACUAGCCAAAACUGCAUUAUGUGUGCAAGGGCACUGAUACUUUUAUGAAAUAUAACAACCAAGUCAAUGUUAGUGUACAUUACAUGUCUAUAAAUACAUACAUCUGAGCUA